AUGUCCAGCACCAUCACUGUCCCCGACACCCUCGCCUCGUGGCCGUACCCGCGGCGCAUCAACCCGCACUACGAGACCGUUGCGCCCGAGUCGGCGACCUGGGUGCGCGGCUUCCGCGCAUUCGGUCCGCGCUCGCAGCGUGCGUUCGACAAGUGCAACUUUGGCCUCCUCGCCUCGCUCGCCUUCCCGUCGUUGAGCAGGGAGCACCUCCGCGUGGGAUGCGACGUCAUGAACCUGUUCUUCGUCUUCGACGAGCACACAGACACACUACCGGGAGACAGCGUCCGAGUCCUCGCGGAUAUCAGCAUGGACGCCAUGCUCCACCCCGACAAGGUUCGGCCGGAGAACGAGCCGGCAGUGGGGGAGAUCACUAGGCAGUUCUGGCUUAACGCACGGAGAUGCUCGACGCCGACGUUCCAGCGGCGCUUCGUGUACGAGUGGCAGCUCUACGUCGACUCGGUCGUCGAGCAGGCCCGGGACAGGGACCACACUCGCUUCCGGACUGUAGAGGAGCAUCUCGCCCUCCGGCGGUUCACGAUCGGCUCCCGGCCGUCGUUCGCGAUCAUCGAACUUGGACUCGACAUCCCCCAGGACGUCUUCGACGACCCGUUGCUCGUCGACCUCCGGGACACGAUCACCGACAUCCUCGCCCUGGACAACGACAUGGCGUCGUACAACAAGGAGCAGGCGGCGGGGGACGACCUCCACAACGUCGUAACGCUCAUCAUGCACGCACAGCACGUCGAUCUGCACGCCGCGCUCGCGCACGCCGCGGCGCUGCACGCGGAGCGCGCGCGCCACGUCCUCGACGACCUCGUCCCCGCCAUCCACGCCCUGGACGUGCCGGCCGCGGUGGCUGCGGACCUCGCGUUCUACGUCGACGGCGUGCUCAACUGGCCGCGCGGGAACGACUGCUGGACGUUCGAGUCCAUGCGCUACUUCGGCAUCGACGGCCCCCGCGUCCAGCGCGAGCGCGUCGUCGAGCUCUACCCGAAGCGGCGAGCCGUCGCCCCGUGCGUCUGA